AUGACAAUAAUGGAUGCGAAAGAUGUGGAUGAAUUGCAAUUGGACAGAUAUUUUGAUGAGCUCUGCUAUGCAUGUAGAACAGGAGAUGUUGAAAAUGCAGAUCGGUUAAUUUCCACAGGUGUCAAGAUUAAUGCUGUUGAUAGAUUUGAUAAUUCACCAUUAUUCCUUGCAAGUUUAUGUGGUCAUGAAAAUGUGGUGAAAUUAUUGUUAGAACGAGGUGCCAUUUGUGAUCGAGAUAGAUAUGAAGGUGCUCGUUGUAUUUAUGGUGCAUUGACUGAUUCAAUUAGAGAUAUUUUGUUAGCUUUCGAUGUAUCAAAAGCUGUCGACGUAAAUCAACCAUUUGGUACACACAUUUCUUCUUUAUUGAAGGAUAUUGAUAUAGAUCAAGAUGGUUUACUUAAAUUGACCCAUGAUGUGAUUUUCCAGUUCACGAACAGUUAUAAUAAGGAUCUUACAUAUAUCAGUGCCAAUAAAUUUUUAUUGGUGGCAAGAAGUAGUUUCAUGGAGAAACAAUUGAACGGAACGGAUUGCGAAGAUGAUAACAACGAAAAUAAUGGCAUCAUUACUUUACCUGAAACGAUAAACCAAGCGUGCUUUGAAAUAAUAUUGAAAUUUAUAUAUUUAAUUCCGGUCUUACAUGAAAUCAAUCCAAAUAAUUUCAAUGAUUUAAUUAAGUUAUCCAACUUGUUUCAUAUAGAAUUACUACCGGAGUUUUUAAUGAAAGUCCAACAUAUGACUGAUCCAACUGAAAAAUCUACCUUAAUGACUGAAUAUCAAUAUGAGUUUACCAAGAUAGCUCGAAGACAACUUGAUUUAUUUGUUGAAAAUAGGAUUUUACGAAACUAUCUUGUUGAGGACGAUCUGUCUGAAAAAUUACCUAAGUUGAAGAGAAGAAGAAAUUCAACCUAUUCAGAUGUUUUAGUUCGAGCGAGUCGGGCAAUUAUAAAUGAAGGAGAGGAACAAAAUGAGGAAACUCGUUUUUAUCCUUGUCAUUUGGCCAUGUUAUUUCGAGCGGAUUAUUUCAAAUUAAUGUUUUUGACGCCUUUCCAAGAGCGAACAGGAUAUGAAAUGAAUAAAACGAGAAAGACUAGUAACAAUACUUAUGGAUUUGAAUCAUUACCUAUAAUCUCUUUCCCCAAGGUGUGUAAAUUUGAAGUAAUUGAAAUAAUAAUACGAUACUUGUAUUAUGAUAAUACUACAAUUCCAUGGGAAUUUGCUAUUGACAUACUAUUGAUGGCAGAUUAUUUACUCAGUGAUAGAUUAAAAACGAUGGCUGCCACAUCAAUUAUUCAAUCUGGAGAAGAAUUUUUAAGCCAUUACUCAAUAUUUGAAGUCUUGUAUAUUGGUUGGGAGACAAGAGUGGAAAAAUUAGAACAAUACACGGCAAAGGUGAUUGCUCAAAAUAUUGAGCAAUAUUGCAACGACGAUAAGAACCGCUUGCAAUUAAAAGAUGCCAUCAAGAAGAGUUCAGAACGUAUUUCAGAACGUCAAGAAAUUGAUACAAUUGAAUUGGUGGAUGAUAUAAAAUACUACCUUCUUGAAAAAUAUGGGCUGGAAGCCGAUGAUGUGGAAAUAUUUAUGGAAGAGAACGAUCCCGGAUUGUUGGAAGCGUCUGGUGUCCUAGCAUACCAAACCGAUUUGGACCUAUUUAAUGAACUAUUAAAAGGACUAGAAAUUGAUGUCUAA